CUUUCCGAGGCAGUCUAUCACAACAACGCGAGGCUGGAAGCCUUCCACGAGUUCCUACGCGAGGCGUGCGUGCAGGCGUCGGCUUCGAAUCCGACACCCUUUCACUACUGGGUUAAUGCUCUUGCUAGGGACCGCCGUCUAGUCCGUCUCUAUACACAGAACAUUGACGGACUGGAGCUGAGGCUGCCCUAUCUCUUCACCCAAACUCCGUUGACGACCAGCGGGCCGUGGCCCAAUACAAUCCAGCUUCACGGGACUUUG